AUGUCUUCUACUAUAUCUGAUUCAGAAUUGAAGUCACAUAUUGAAAAUACUGUAGGUGAGAAUGAUACACCAAGUGAAUCUACGUCCAAAACAAAAUUUACUUUUCAAACAUAUAAAAAUCUAUUAGCUAUUUGCACGGCUUUUCUUCUUCAAUUUACUGCAUUUAGUGGUAUAAGCAAUUUACAAAGUUCAUUAAAUACAGAAGCUAAUGUUGGUGUUAAUUCUUUAUCAAUCAUUUAUGCAUGUCUUAUUAUUUCAGCAAUAUUUUUGCCACAUCCAUUAAUAUCUAUAUUCGGCCUCAAAUGGACCAUUGUCAUGUCUCAAAUACCGUAUCUUUUAUAUGUAGCAGCAAACUAUUAUCCAAAAGCAUAUCUUAUGUAUCCAGCCGCUGGACUUGUUGGGUUAGCUGCUGCUCCGCUAUGGACUUCAAAAUGUAGUUAUCUAACUGAUAUUGGUACAAUCUAUGCAGAGAAUAAAUUCUUGAAUAAAAAUGUUAUUGUCAAUAGAUUCUUUGGUAUAUUCUUUACAUUUUUUCAAACAGGACAAGUAUGGGGAAAUUUGAUAUCAUAUGUAGUACUUAAACCAAAAGAAACCGGAACUAAUGGAACAAGAAUAAAUACAACAGUUAGAAUAAAAUAUGAUAGAUGUGGUGCAGAUUUUACUGAACAAGAAUAUAAAGGUGCUGAAGUUAUUAAUCAAAUUGAUCGAAAAACAAUUAAUGUUCUUUGUAUUUUAUAUAUUUUAAUAAGUCUUUGUUCAAUUCUAAUAAUAAUAUGCUUUCUUAACCAACGACGAAAAGCAUCAAAAGAUCAAAUUUCUGUUAUGCUACGUCAUUCUGUUACACUACUUGUUUCAACAGCUAAACAUAUGUGUAAUAUUGAACAAAUCUAUCUUAUUCCAUUGACCAUUUGGUCAGGUUUAGAACAAUCGUUUAUUGGAGCACAAUUUACACAAGGCUUUAUCACAUGCACAUUUAAUGCUAAAUAUGUUGGUUUGAUUUUUAUUGCAUAUGGUAUUUGCGAUUCCAUAGGUAGUGCAUGUUUUGGUCAAUUAGUAAAAUUUAUGGGUCGUUGGCCAUGUUUUAUGAUUGGUGCUGUAAUAAAUUAUUCGUUAAUUAUAACCAUGUUUAUUUGGAAACCAACAGAAAAUCGAAUGUUUGUAUUAUUUAUUUUAGCUGGUCUAUGGGGUUUAGCCGAUGCUGUGUGGCAAACCCAAAUCAAUUCCUUUUAUGGUAUUUUAUUUGUUGAUAAAAAUGAAGCUGCUUUUUCAAAUUAUCGUCUUUGGGAAUCAACUGGUUUCGUGUUGUUUUAUAUAAUAGCACCAUAUAUUCGUAUAAGAGUAGCAUUAAUUAUUUUAUUAAUAUUUCUGACAUUAGGUAUGAUGGGUUAUGUUGCAACAGAAAAUCUAUUAAGAAAAAAGAAAUUAAAAGUGGCCGACAUACCCCGUGCUAAUUGA